CCUGUGGAGACCCCUACUAUCCUCCGCACGACGUGCUGCCCUGCGCCCGCAACCAUGUGCCGCACCCUGACCACCUUCCCAAACUCCUGCCUGGAGAGAGCUAAAGAGUUCAAGACGCGCCUGGGGAUCUUUCUUCAUAAAUCAGAGCUGAGCUCCGAUACCGGCGGUAUUAGCAAAUUCGAGUGGACCAGUAAACAUAGCAAAGAGAGAAGCUUCUCAGAAGAUGUCCUGGGAUGGAGGGAGUCCUUUGAUAUGUUGCUGAGUAGCAAAAAUGGAGUGGCAGCCUUCCAUGCCUUCCUGAAGACGGAGUUCAGCCAGGAGAACCUGGAGUUCUGGCUGGCCUGUGAGGAGUUCAAGAAGAUCCGGUCAGCCACCAAACUGACCACCAGGGCUCACCACAUCUUUGACGAGUACAUUCGAAGUGAAGCCCCUAAAGAGGUGAACAUAGACCAUGAGACCCGAGAGCUGACAAGGACAAAUCUGCAGGCAGCCACUUCCAGCUGCUUCGACGUGGCUCAGGGGAAGACCCGCACCCUCAUGGAGAAGGACUCCUAUCCGCGCUUCCUCAAGUCACCCGCUUACCGGGACCUGGCUGCCCAAGCCUCAGCCGCCUCCUCCGCCUCUGCGUCCAGCUGCAGCCCCGAUGAGCCUUCACACACUUGAGCUUCCACAGCAGCGAAGAAGAAGCCAGCGGGAAGAGAGGUGGAGUCACCGGUCCCUGAAGCAGCUGCCCUGUGUGGGAGGCAGGUUCUGCCCAACAAGUGCGAGAGGACAGUGAAGGGACACACGGUCCCGCAUCCUGGGUGUGAAGAACUCUCUCUCCUCCAUAUACUGUGGUGGGCUCAGCGUGCCAGCUGACGGCUGACAAGGAGGCUGUGUGGGGCGCUCUGGGGGAAGGGAUGGUGGUACAGCAGUUACGUUCACCCCCACCAGGGCACAAAAGAAUGCUGGGUGGUUGGGCACCUUGAGGAUAGGAGCUGGAGAGAACCGUGGCAGCUGUUCGCCUGCAAGACACUUGAUCUCCCCAGUCCUGGAUUGGGCCUAGAAGGAAAACUGUGAAUGUGGAACCUUCCUCUUCUGUGCUUGCCUUCCCAGAGAUACCAGGAGCCCUCUAGCUUAGGCUUCUUAACAUUCCUGUGUUCGUUCUUGCAGUCUCAUGGGGGUCAAUGAGUCAAUAGGAUUCUUGCCCCAAAUGAGAUUUUUUUUGUACCUCAAAAGCUGGCCUGUGAGCCCCUUCCCAGGUCAGUAAUAAAGCCUGAAAAAGAAGCCACUUUGCUCAUGUGACCCUAGACUGGGUGCUCUUGGUGGCCUUUUGUCGGUGGCCCCCAACCUUAACAUUUGCAGCAGGGUCCACCUGCGAACAGAGGGCUAACUGGGAGGCCUUACUGAGUCCUGCACAGCCUUGGAAGAUGAGUUCUGAGAGGAGGGAGGUGGGUGGAAGGAGGCUUCAGUCACCCGGCCAGCACUCAUGUCCAGGAACUGAGUGAGGGAGAGCCAUAGAAAAUCCAUCUGUGGGAGGAGCCUAAAUGUCUAGCUGAAAUCAAAUCAGUUCUCUUCCUGGGUAUCAGACUGGGAUCAAGAGAUGCCCCCUGGUGGAAAGGGAGCCUUGUGUUUCUUUCCUAUAGACAGGAGAUGCCCACUGCAGUUAGGGGAGAGCUAGGCCAGGGACCAAGAAAGCUCUGGAUGCAAAGCUGGAUGUACAGCCAGGUAGUAUCAGGGGCUGCUUAGAAGG